AUGUCUUGGAAUAGAUCAAUAACGCUGUAUUUUCUUGAGUUGUUGCUCAAGGCCCGGCGGAAUAACCCCCUUUUAAGUGUUAAAAAGACGGCAUUUCGAGAGCUAUGCAAGUCAUUGGUCAAGGAAAUGGAAGCAAAGUUUCCUGAUGAAAAUUGGACUGUAAAGAAACUCGAGAACAAGCAUAAUUAUUUACGAUGUUUCUGGAGGGCAUUUCGCGAUGCAGCGGAGCGGCCUGGCACAACGUACAAUCCGGAAACAAAGACGCUGCGUAUGAGCGACCAAAACAUCCAUCUGAUUCGGUCAAAAUACCCAAGAAACGGCAAAGCAGUCACAUCGCAACCCUUACUAACAAAUGAGGCGAUUUACUAUAACGAAUGGCUUGAGAUUUUCUCCCUCGAGGCUCCGGCCGGCCAAGACUUGACCAAAGCCGAUACUAUAAAAGUUGGCGAUGCAAAUGUCGUGGAAGCUAGUCGCCACUCCUGCGUUACCGAUUGGUUGAAAAGAUGCGCUCAUAGUAUGGACAAUGCCUCAUCGCCGCUGAGCUCCGUUGAAGAUGGCGAUCAUAGUGGUGAUAUUGUCGUCCAACAGCCUCGAAAGCGGCGCCGCACUUUGCGAGCGACGUCACAAAGUUCAACGCCUAGUCCGACACUGCCUGCUGUGCUCCUAGACGGUCUUCAGAAGGGGGAACCCCAGCAACUAGCUGCAUUCAUCGCCCUCUCUAAAGUCAUUGACGGGAUAGCUAGACAGGGGGGGAAGCAUAAUAUCAUAAUCCAACCAGUAGGCGCCGAGGACCUUGAGAAGGCCUGUAUAGAUGCGCAGAGGCUUCGCGAGGAACAUGGGGUGACCCCGGUUCUUCGGGUUCUUUCAUGGCUUCUGAAAGACCCGAGAAAUGCGAUCAUAUGGAAUGCUCUCGUGUCAAAUGAGCUUAAAAUGGCGUGGAUAGCUUCAGAUUUUGGCCAAAAUGUAUAG